AUGUAUCCCUUGUCCAUUUCCAAGUCAAUGUCUCCUUCGUCCCAGUAUUCUUACCGGGUGAGGAAAGCCUGUGCACCGCACCAGUCAAACUCCUCGGCGCGCACUCGAAGGCGUGAGGUGGUUCGGUCGACGGUGGCAGAGAAAUACUGUGUGAAAAAGGAGCAACUUUCGCCUUCACCGCGCACCCUGACUCGGGUCAGCCCUGCAACGGCCUUCGCCGCCUUGAAGCGCAUAUCGAGAUUGCGACACAAGUUCCGUGACAGCGGUUUGCCUAAUAUGCGACUGUUCCAGAACCAGGGAUCCUAG